AUUUGGCAACCUGAAACCACAAGAAAGAAGAAGCUGAAUUGAAGAUGGAAGAUCGCCCACAACCACCGCAAGCCAACCCCUCCGCCACUUCUCCGUCAUCAUCAUCCCUCAACUAUAACAGGCGGCCGGAAACUGGUGAAGAAGAUAGUAAUAGUGAACCGGCGGUGGUUAGAUCAAGGUGGAACCCUAAACCGGAGCAAAUCCUUAUCCUGGAAUCCAUCUUCAACAGCGGCAUGGUCAACCCUCCCAGGGAAGAAACCAUCAAGAUUCGAAAACUCCUCGAGAAAUUCGGCUCUGUCGGGGAUGCCAACGUCUUCUAUUGGUUCCAGAAUCGCCGCUCCAGGUCACGCCGCCGCCAACGACAGCUUCUUGCUGAGCAAGGUCAUGCAAGCGGCGGCGGCGGCAUGGCUGAUUAUACCGGAACCGGCGGUUGUGGCACUAGCAGCGGCAACUACGUUUUGCAGUCACCGCCAUCUUCAAGUUUUUUCGAGCUAAAUCGGCCAAUGGGAUCUUCUUCUUCUCCUUUCCAUGGGGGCGUUGACGACGAGAUGUUGGGUUUUCCGUCGGGUGAAACGAUGACGAGUAUUCAAUAUGAUCCGGCGGCCGGAAUUGAGCAGAGCUAUCCGGUGAGCCCAUCAGUUAUGUGUCCCUCUUUCUCGCCGCCACAUGAUGCUUCUCAUAUGCCCUACCAACCUGCUGCUGGAUUAGUAACAGUGUUCAUUAAUGGAGUGGCAACGGAGGUUCCAAGAGGGCCAAUAAACAUGAGAGCUAUGUUCGGGGAAGAUGAGUUUGUGCUUUAUCACUCCUCUGGAAUUCCUUUACCGAUCAACGAAUUUGGGAUUUUGCUUCAGAGCUUAAGGCAUGGCGAAACCUACUUCCUGGUUUCAAGAACAUCCUAGAAUGAUAUGCACCCGUUGAAGACUGAUUUUGGUAUUCAAUAUAUUAGAAAUAUAUUUGUAAUGAUAUUUUGGUAUUUACUCAACA